ACGCAUGCGUGGCGCGUAGUGACGCCUUUUGGGUAACUUUCAUGCGUGAGCUGCUGAUUCCCAGCCGGCGGCAUCAAGCAGCGGUGUCUCCCGGCCGUGUGUCCGUACUGUACCGCGCUGUACACGCCCGAACUGAUCCCCGGGAUCCUUUACCUCGGAGCAGUAUGACCAUCAAUGAAAGCCACCAGAGAUUCCUGCAGGUGCUAAUGUCCCAUGGUAUAUUGGAGGACUCUGCAACAAGGGCGCUGCAUAAGCAUUGCUGUGAUGUGCACAAAGUUCACUACAUGCACGACAAGUUGGAUGAUUUUGGUGGUGUGAUCAACAACCAUCUGCAGCCUCUGUUCAUGCAGGUUAGGAAAGGAACGGAUGAAAACAGCGGACAAAGAUAUUACGCUCUGGUUAACCUUGCAGAAAAUGAAGUGACAAAAAUGGCUUUGGAUUAUGCCGAGAAUGAGCUGGAAUUAUUUAGAAAGACGAUGGACCUGAUUAUAGACUCUGACAAUGGGUUUGCAUCUUCCACAAAUAUUCUGAACCUCGCUGACCAACUUCAAACCAAGAAAAUAAAAAAGAAGGAGGCCGAGCAACUACUGCAGAGUUUUGUGCAAGAAAAGUGGCUGAUUGAGAAAGAUGGGGAGUACAGCCUACACCUGCGCUGCAUAAUGGAGAUGGAACAUUACAUACAGACAACAUACCAGGACAUAGUCAAAACUUGCAAUAUCUGCCAUAAUAUCGCUAUUCAGGGCCAGAUAUGUGAAAACUGUGGUAUCAAGAUUCACCUGAGCUGUGUGGGGAAGUAUUUCAGAGGUCACGCAGAGCCACGCUGCCCUCAGUGUUCAGACCCGUGGAUGCAGGAAAUUCCACGGUUAUCACAGACGGAUACCCAAAUACCGUCCACAUCCCAGAAGGCACCCCCCAGACCUGGAAGAAGAAACAACGCAUCAGUUGCCACCAGGUCAAGACGAUAGCGAUUACCUGUGAAUGGCACGCACAUGUUAUUAGAAAAUGCUGUAUGAUGUAUCUAGUAGGCAUUUGAAAUACUUUUGUACUGUUUUAAUAUGUUAAACAUUUAUACAAAAAAACUAUUUGCUGUCUGAUACGUCUAGUGUCAGUUUUCUGAAACAAUAUGUACUUUUCAAGAAAACAUCUGUUUAAAAAAGUUGUUUACUAUGUUAUUACACUGUUGCUAUAUAGACCAUUUAUUAAAGAAAAAAAGAUUGAGACCAUGA